UCCUUUCGCUCGGCGUUCCCCGGCCCGAGUUGCAACAGCCCCUCUGCUCUUGUUUCGAUCAGCCAAGAGCUACGCAUGUCCUUGCGGAAGUGACGGCAGUUCGAGCCCUGUGAGGGCGGUGGGAGUGAUGAGGGGAAUGAGACGGUGGUAGCCGUUGUGAGAAGAUGGAGUUUCCCGGAGGAAAUGACAAUUACCUGACGAUCACAGGGCCCUCGCACCCCUUCCUGUCAGGGGCCGAGACAUUCCAUACACCAAGCUUGGGUGAUGAGGAAUUUGAAAUCCCGCCUAUCUCCUUGGAUUCUGAUCCUUCACUGGCUGUCUCAGAUGUGGUUGGCCACUUUGAUGACCUGGCAGACCCUUCCUCCUCUCAGGAUGGCAGCUUUUCAGCCCAAUAUGGGGUCCAGACAUUGGACAUGCCUGUUGGCAUGACCCAUGGCUUGAUGGAGCAGGGCGGGGGGCUCCUGAGUGGGGGCUUGACCAUGGACUUGGACCAUUCUAUAGGAACUCAGUAUAGCGCCAACCCACCUGUUACAAUUGAUGUACCAAUGACAGACAUGACAUCUGGCUUGAUGGGGCAUAGCCAGUUGACCACCAUUGAUCAGUCAGAACUGAGUUCUCAACUUGGUUUGAGCUUAGGGGGUGGUACCAUCCUGCCACCUGCCCAGUCACCAGAGGAUCGUCUUUCAACCACCCCUUCACCUACUAGUUCACUUCAUGAGGAUGGUGUUGAGGAUUUCCGGAGGCAACUUCCCAGCCAGAAGACAGUUGUGGUGGAAACAGGAAAAAAGCAGAAGGCCCCAAAGAAGAGAAAAAAGAAAGAUCCUAAUGAACCUCAGAAACCAGUUUCAGCAUAUGCUUUAUUCUUUCGUGAUACACAGGCAGCCAUCAAGGGACAGAAUCCCAAUGCCACUUUUGGGGAGGUUUCAAAAAUUGUGGCCUCCAUGUGGGACAGUCUUGGAGAGGAGCAAAAACAGGUAUAUAAGAGGAAAACUGAAGCUGCCAAGAAAGAGUAUCUGAAGGCUCUGGCUGCUUAUAAAGACAAUCAAGAGUGUCAGGCCACUGUGGAAACAGUGGAACUGGAUCCAGUGCCAUCACAGACUCCUUCUCCACCUCCUGUGGCUACUGUUGACCCAGCAUCGCCAGCACCAGCCUCAACAGAGCCCCCUUCCCUGUCCUCUUCCAUUGUUGUUAAUUCCACUCUUUCAUCCUAUGUAGCAAACCAGGCAUCUUCUGGGGCUGGGGGUCAGCCCAGUAUCACCAAGUUGAUUAUUACCAAACAGAUGUUGCCCUCGUCUAUUACCAUGUCUCAAGGAGGAAUGGUUACCGUUAUCCCAGCCACAGUGGUAACCUCCCGGGGGCUCCAAAUAGGCCAAACCAGUACAGCUACUAUCCAGCCCAGUCAGCAAGCCCAAAUUGUCACCCGGUCAGUGUUGCAGGCAGCAGCAGCCGCUGCUGCUUCUAUGCAACUGCCUCCCCCACGACUACAGCCCCCUCCAUUGCAACAGAUGCCUCAGCCCCCAACUCAGCAGCAAGUGACCAUUCUGCAGCAGCCUCCCCCACUCCAGGCCAUGCAACAGCCUCCAUCUCAGAAAGUUCGAAUCAAUUUACAGCAACAGCCCCCUCCUCUGCAAAUCAAGUUUGUGCCUCCACCCACUCUGAAAGUACAGACUACCUUAGUCCCACCAGCUGUGGAAAGUAGUCCUGAGAGGCCUGUGAACAGCAGCCCUGAAACCCACACAGUUGAGGAAACCUCUACUGAGACAAUCUGUGAGAUGAUUACAGAUGUAGUUCCUGAGGUUGAGUCUCCUUCUCAAAUGGAUGUUGAAUUGGUGAGUGGGUCUCCUAUGACGCUCUCACCCCAGCCUCGAUGUAUGAGGUCUGGUUGUGAGAACCCUCCUGUUGUGAAUAAGGACUGGGACAAUGAAUACUGCAGCAACGAGUGUGUGGUGAAGCACUGCAGGGAUGUCUUCCUGGCCUGGGUAGCCUCUAGAAAUUCAAACACAGUGGUGUUUGUAAAAUAGUCCUUCCUGUUCUCCAAGCCAGUGAAGACUUAUCUGCUGGGAAUCCAAGAGCCUAUUUUUAAAACACAAAGUUGGGUUUCUGGUAGUGCCUGAUCUCAAUCCAUACUGGUCCUCCAUGCUUCUCCAUUUUCCUCUCUCUUCAACAGGAGCCAGGCUGUGCAGCAGGGCUAUUGAGUUUACUGUACUCUAGAAUUGCCUUUUAAAGUACAAGCAGUGAAAGCAGUGAUAAUAGAGGAAAUGAUUAAGGGAAUAUGGACAAACAGAAGGGUGGUGAUGGGGUAGGGGGAUUGUUUUAAGGAAAUGUGUUGGUGUAAUUGUCAUAGGAUUUGCCUAAAAAAUUAUUAAAAUAAUGGGAGAGUACUCUGCUUUGAGCCUAGGAGAAAACACCACUGUGUGAUCCAUUUUAAAGGGGAGAAAAGCCUGCGUUAAAGGUUACCUCAAUCAGAAAACUAUUACUGUCAUGUCUAGCUGUAUAUUACGUUGAGAACAAAGGUUUUCAACACAGUAGGCACACUGGGCUGGAGGGAAAACAACCCUGCCGAGAAGUUUCUUAUUUCUCUUUAUGUCAACAUGUCCCUCUUCAUCUCAGUAAUCAAAGUUUAUGUGUAAAAGGCAAACUCUAUAUCCUUAAAUUAAUAUAAAAGGUUUCACCAAAGUUAAAGCUAUGUUCACUUGUAUUUGAUAUCUUCUAAGAGGCUUACAUAAUAUAAAGGCUAAUUUCCUGCACAUUUUGGGCACUUACCUAA